AUGCCGACCGCCAAACCCGCCAAAAUCACCAUCAUCCACCCCGAUCUCGGCAUCGGCGGCGCGGAACGACUGAUCAUCGACGUGGCCCUCGCGCUCCAAUCCCGCGGUCACCCCGUCACCGUGUACACCUCGCACCGCGACAAAUCGCACUGUUUCGAAGAAGCGCGCGACGGCACCCUCGAUGUUCGAGUACGGGGAAAUACCAUCUUUCCCGCGCACGUGGGCGGGCGAUUCUACGUCCUGAUGGCUAUAUUGCGCCAGCUGCAUUUAACGGUUGAUUUGUUGAGGGAGAUUGGCACGAAUACUACAACGGCAGAUGGAGAGGAGGAGAUAUUCAUCGUGGAUCAGGUUCCUGCUUGCGUGCCGUUUUUGAAAUCGUUCGGUGGGGGGAAGAGACAGCGGACGUUGUUUUAUUGUCAUUUUCCGGAUCAGUUGUUGGCGAGGCGCGAUGAGGGGGGAUCGUUGUUGCAGGUUGUGAAAGGGGUGUAUCGGUAUCCGUUUGAUUGGUUUGAGGGGUGGGCGAUGAGUGCGUCGGAUAAGGUGGUUGCGAAUUCGAGGUUUACGAGGGGAGUGGUUACGGGGGUUUUUGGGAGGGAGAAGUUGGGGGAGUUGAGUGUGGUUUAUCCGUGUGUUGAUACGGCGGCUGGUGGUGGGGGUGGGGAUGGUGAUGAGGGGGAGAAGUUGUGGGGUGGGAAGAAGAUUCUUCUGAGUGUGAAUCGGUUUGAGAGGAAGAAGGAUCUAGCGCUGGCAAUUCGCGCGUAUCAUGGUCUUGGGGAGGAGAAGAGGAGGGGGACCAGGUUGGUUGUUGCUGGUGGGUAUGAUAAUCGCGUUCAGGAGAAUGUGCAGUAUCAUCGGGACCUGGACGAAUUGGCGACUGGGUUGGGUCUGCAGACGGCGACGUCCAAGACAGUUAUUUCGGCGCUUUCGAUCCCCGAUUCCAUCGACGUGCUCUUCCUGUUGUCUGUGCCGACUGCCUUCCGGGAUACCCUUUUGCUGCAAGCGAAGCUGCUCCUUUACACACCGAUUAACGAACACUUUGGUAUUGUGCCGGUUGAGGCGAUGCGCGCGGGAGUCCCGGUGCUUGCGUCGAAUACUGGGGGGCCGUUGGAGACGAUCGUGGAGGGCGAAACGGGCUGGCUCCGUGAUGCCAAGGUGGACGCCGAGUGGACGGCGGUGAUGGAUAAGGUGCUGUAUGGGAUGGAGCAGGAAGAGCUGAACCGGAUGUCUGUGGCAGCCAAAAAGCGCGUGGAGCAAGAGUUUUCCCUCACGGCCAUGGGUGAGAAGCUCGAGCAGGAGAUCGAGGAGAUGCUCAGCCGGGAGAAACGGCCGUUCCAUGGCUUCCAGCAGAUUGUGAUCUUGCUUGCAUUGGUGGGGGCGGUGCUUUCCCUAGCGGUUGCAUUGCUUUUGAGGCUGUUUUGA